UUGACAGUUGACACCCGUAGUGGUUGAGUGCUCAACACUCUUUAAUUUGUACUCGUUAUGAUAAGGUGAUAAGAUAAUAACAAGAAUCUAAUAAAUAUGAAAAUUGAAAGCAGUGAAUUUUCCGAUCAGCAGAUCUAUCUAUAAUGUUGCAGUGCUGUUACUGUUCUAAAGAGUUUAAAUAUGAAAGCGAGAAAAAGAGACAUGAACAAAGUCAUUUUCCACAAUUUGAGUGCAACCAAUGUUUUAAGAAGUUUAGUUUUCUAUCAGCCUUAAGAAGGCACCAAAAGCAGCAUGAAAGGACGGGACAUGUUCCGUGCCUUGACUGUGGACGUAAUUUUCGCGAUGAUAUUCUUCUUAAGCGUCACAUAAAAUAUGCGCAUAAAGGUACAUAUGAAUGUUCUAAAUGCAGCUCCAAAUUCAAAAGUGACUUGGCAUUAAUGUCGCAUAUGAAGACACAUAAGCCUAAAGCUGAAAGAAGAUUCCAGUGUAGUUUUGAAGACUGUAAAAAAUCUUUUAACUUUGCACACCACCUUAAACAUCAUGAGCUAACACACACUAAUGCAAAACAGUUUUAUUGUAAAACUUGUGGAAAAGGUUUUAUUCAGGCUCAUCAUUUGAAGUCUCAUAUUAAAACCCAUGAACCUGAGAAUUGGCUGUAUUGUACCAUACCAGAUUGUGAUAAGAAAUUUGUUACAGAAUAUGCAAGAAAAAAACAUCUCACAAGCCACAGGACAACUAUCGAUAGUGGCAUAUCUUCCGAUUCGAACUGUGAAAUCUCAGGAUCUCAGGAUUCAUUAAAAGCAGAUGCAGCAGUGCUUUGUGCCAAAUGCGGAAAUAUGGUAACACCAACUUCAUAUGCAAAUCAUGAAAGAGAAUGUAUGCCAAUACCAGAAACGCCUCAAGACAGAAAUAUAAAUCCAAAGAUUGAAAUUGAAUUGAAUAAUAAUUAUAAUAACAUAGAAGUUUUUAGCAACUGCAAAACAAUAUUGGGAAAAUGUAUUGCAAAUGAAAAUUCACCAAAUAGUUGUUUAUGUGCGCAAAUUAAAGAUGCGAAUAAUUUUUAUGAUGAAUUACUUCCGAACGAAAACUUUGAUCCUCUUAAAGUUGAUAUAGAUAAUAAGCAAACACUCAAUAGCAACUAUGAGGAUAUCAGUGUUAUGAGCAAUGCAUGUGAAGGCUGUGAUUGUUCCAAUACCAAAUCUGAUGUCCAAAAUAUGAACUCUUUAAAAGAACCCUUAUUACAAAAUACAAAUGACAAUUUACCAAAAUUUGAAUUAAGAGAUGAUGGUGCAAUAAAACUCAAAGAUACAAUUGACAUUGUUAUCAAUAUUAAAAAAGAAAAAGAAAUGACUGAAACUGAUGAAUUAUUCAAAAUUAUGAAUCAAGUGCCUUUUAAUAGUUGUAAAGCAGUGUUAGGUAAAUGUAUAGUGAGUGGUAGUGGUACCAUAAGUGAGAAUUGUUUAUGUGCUAAAAUGGCAAUAGAUGACCAUCAAAUGACGGCUCAAGAAAUUGAUGAGAUAACACCACAACCAAUGAUGACAACAUAGUAAUUUAUUAUCUGUGAUUUAAUAGUUAUGUUUAUGUUGAUUUUAUAAUCUACAUAGAUUCAUAUAUUUUUAAAUUCUUACUAUUUUAGGUGUUGCGAUUAUAUUAGUAUUAGAAAAAAAUAAAAACUAUAUUUAUUAAUAUUAA